CCGCGCGCAAUGGCUACGGGGCUUGGUGGUCAUCUUCUGAUGAACAAAGGGACGGAAAGUCGUCAACUACGGUUGCCGCAGCUGGACAGCCAACAGGAGUUAUCCCUCUUGUUCAAAGACAAAGGACUUCUAGUUCUACUUCUACAACAAAUUUAGAUCAUUAUACCAAACAAGGCACGACAAGGACCAAGAAAGUUGCGAUAGUUUCACGAUUGCGUCUGGGAGAUGAGGUUGGCGAACAGUUUGCAGCAAGUAGAAGAACACAAAAUGCAUCUUCAUCAACGAAGGAGCUUGAAGAAACGAGAAACAAUGAUGUUGAAGUGCUGACGAAUCCGUCUGCGGCUCAAGCUACCUCUACUAAUCAAGGAAAAGGUGUCAAUGCUGAGGGUGAACAACACGCAAAGACCGACCGGUCAACAUCAACGUCGCUGCGAGUCAUGGAGCAAGGUGAGGAUCCCGAGCCUGCGGGGGCCGCGAGCGCCACCACGAAGCGAGCGGAGGUGGAAAGUAUCGCAAGGAGUUGUACCUUGCAGCAAAAUGUUGAACGUUUCGGUGCCUUCAGGGCAGUUGCUGAGCAAGUGGAGGGGCUGACGCUGACACAGAGUAAGCAACAGAAAAGAAGUAGUGCAUCGGCAUCGGCUGCCUCGAAGUACGAGCAGGAUCAAAAAAACGCAAGCACCCUUGUCGACAUCAAGAAAGGCGACGAUAAAAUCCUCUAUCUGCACCCUCGUUUGAUAGCACGAGGUAAGAGUUCGUUUUGGAAAGCGGCUCACAAAACUGUCACAAGUGAUGACCAAAGCAACGAAGCCACUAUUACUCUCGUCUUCGACCACCUCCAUCGUCCCAUCUUACGUCCUGAAUGCGCGAACCUUGUUCAUCACAUACAUCGAGUACUUGGUUUUCGGUUGGAAUUCUUACAAGAACAGACGAAUCAGAAUCAAGUUCAAGGUUUCCGUUCUUCAGCAAGUACUCCAGCGGCCAUGAACACGCUUGCGAAUGACCCCGUUUCUGCAAACCUAUGCCAUCGUUUCGUCUGCAGCAUCUUACUUCGCAACCUGGAUGAUGAGGCUGUGACAGCUUUGCUGGCGUCAGUGUCUUCAGAAGACACGAAGGUGAGCAUCGUUGAUGAGGACGGACACGAACAUCACUUGAAAUUUUACUCACCAGCGCAUUAUUUCUUCCUGACAAGAGGACACAGAAACUGGUUCAACAGGUGGUCAUCAAAUAAGCCUUCGAAAA